UGAGCUCCAGAGGAAAAGGCGCACGCAACGCUGCGGUUCAGACGCUCAAGGAGCGAAAUCCUCUCUGUUUCUGCGCCACCUCACAGGAGACUCAGCGCUACUCUCCUGCAUGGAUUACCGACCUGCUGCCACUGAGAGUCAGAUAAGUAGGAAAGGACGCUCCCUGUUCUUUUCGACCAAUUUCAGAUUUUUUUUACGCCAGCGGCAAAAACAAAAGUACAGUUUUAAGAUUAGAAACAGUCAUUAAGACUUUAGGACCUCAGAAUCUUGCGGUUAGGUUUUAGCCUUUAAGAGGUGACAAGUUUUAUCUUGAAGAUCAGUAUUUAUGAGUGCAUGACGAGGAGGUAAAGUGCAUUUUUCUUGGAUGAAAAGGCGAGACAGAUACUGGGAUCUAGUUUGAUUUUUUGUUUUGUUUUGUUGUGUUUUUUGUUUUGUUGUGGUUUUUAAUAACGGGAUGUAGUUUUGGCGAACCAAAGAGGAGGAUUCGGACUUCAAGAAUGAACUUCGUAAACCACCUCUACUCACUCUCUGUGCUUUAAAGACACAUCAAAUCAUGGGUUGAAAGCGACGAUGACAGACUGCGGGGAUAUUCAACGUGGGAAGGAGCAGAUUUUUCUGUGUUAUGUAAUGAUUGACAGCGCCUGAUAAUUAGUGGUAGAUCAAAACUAGCAUAUCCCCCCUCUCCCCCACCCCCUUUCCCCCUAUAUAUCGAUGAAAACAUAAAGUGUUUUUUUGUUUUUGUUUUUUAAUUAACCAAAAGCUGAUGCCAGAGCUUUUAAAGUUAAUGAGCAGUGUAUGUCACAGGUCAGUGGAUAAAUUCAUAUUCUACUUAUACUUUUUCUCUAUCAAUCAUCGAAGCAAGUUCAUUAUCAAACUCUGAAAAGCUUAAAUUACACCAGACCUAUGCGUGUCACUCCCUCCGCCUGGAAGUCUGUUUUUAAACAUUUCUUUUUAGUAAAUUAACAUUAAUCAUGACACCCCAAACUCUUUACCUGCUACGUGUCGAUUUCAAAAUGCCUGGGACUUCACGAACUCAGACACUCAACAGUGCCAUGAACUUUUUUUUUAGCUUUAAAUUCUCUUCUUGGCUUUGUGACGUUUUCAAUGGCUACUAAGAUGUUAUAAUGGUAAAUUUUGCCCUCAUGUUUGGGGAUAUGUAGUCGCUAUGACAUUCUCAAUAUCUUAAUAUCUGUGACUUCCUGUUUCUGAACAUCUGAAGCCUAUAGUUAAUCUUCACCACAGCCUUUCUUGGUCCCUCCCUCCCCCCAACUCAUCAGGGCUGGUGGGGAGGGUGGAUCUCUGCCCCACGGGGUAGAACCUGUGGCUGGUGGUGGUCGUACCCCGAGAGGAAGGGCUCCCACCAUGGAUACCAGCCCAGAGAGCCCAAACCGGGCAGUGGAGUACCUCCUGGAGCUCAACAACAUCAUUGAGAGCCAGGCCAAGCUCCUGGAGACGCAGCGCAGGCGCAUCGAGGAACUGGAGGGCCAGCUAGACCGGGUCAGCCAAGAGAACCAGGACCUGAGGCAGGAACGCAGCCCGCGUACCCCUGGAACGGACACCCCCGAGCAAAACUACAACCACAACCAGCCCCUGUCACUGCCCAUCCAUCAUGGCAGCGGUGCUGGUGGCAGCGGUGGCAGCGGGGAUGGUAGCACCUCAACAACUCAGGUGAUAUCCGGAUCAGCUACAACUCCAGCGCCCGGCAGGGAGAGGAGGACCCACACCAGGCUGACGCGAGGUCUCUCCUGCGGCUCCUCCACCACAGACCGGCUUGAACGCACUGACAGCACAGACACCAACACCAGUUCCACCUUGCGCCGAAAUGUGGAAGGGGAAUCCCAGUGUCCAGAAACGGGCACCCACAAAGACACCUCGUUCAGCCAGACGCCUUACCUUCGAGGCUCAGAGCGCUACAGUGACAGCAGCAGCAACGCUCCCUCCGGUUCCAGGGGCCCUUCAUGCGUUACAGCUUCCAGCUCAGCCAGCUUGGCCUGGGCGUUGCGAACACGCCACCAACCUGCAAGUUUGGCUCUUCGCAAGCAAGAAGAAGAGGAGAACAAGAGAUGCAAGGCUCUUUCAGACAGCUAUGAACUAUCGACAGAUCUGCAGGAUAAGAAGGUGGAGAUGUUGGAGAGAAAAUAUGGUGGCUCCUUUGUAAGUCGCAGAGCAGCAAAGACCAUUCAGACAGCCUUCAGACAGUAUCGCAUGAACAAAAACUUUGAGCGCCUCAGAAGCUCAGCUUCAGAGAGCCGCAUGACGCGCCGCAUCAUCCUGUCCAACAUGAGACUGCAGUAUUCGUUUGAUGAGCGCCAGCCUCAGCAGCAGGCCCAGACACAAACAAACUUCACCCACAGUGUGGCCGUGGGGCCUCCUCACUCUCCUGAUCCAGACCGCACAGGAGACUACACCCACUUAGAGGACUCCUUCUCCAAGCAGGUUAAAUCCUUAGCUGACUCCAUAGAUGAUGCCCUUACCUGCCGUGCAGGUCGCGAUGACUCCCAGGAGGGCAGCAAGGAGGGUGGAGGGAUUAGUGAAGACUUUGGGGAGUGUGUGUGGAGCAGCAGCAGCAACCCAUCUUCCCAAAGAGGUUUGGGAGAAAGAGGCAGGGGUGCUGGAGGAGGACUCAGUAUGCAUGGUGACAGUACAGCUACUUCAUACAGUGAUGUCACCCUUUAUAUGGAUGAUGGUAUGCCAUCCUCCCCUCUGUCCCUUGACCGGGCACCUAGCAGCACAGAUACAGAGUACUGGGGUCCUAGUGGCGGUGUGGGAGGGCGAGAGGACAGCAGGGACACUGAGGGAGGCGGCAGCAGUAACAGUCGGCGAAGCACCCCGUGUACAGAGUGUAGAGACUAUCGUCUCAGAGGUGCACACCUGCCUCUCCUCACUAUUGAGCCGCCCAGCGACAGCUCAGUGGACAUGAGUGAUCGUUCAGACCGAGGCUCUCUGAGCAGAACGCUGGUCUUUGAGCAGGAGCCAGGUGUGGGUGCAGGUUCCCCUCAGGGAACCCUCAAACACUCCCCCAACACAGGUCCUCGAACCACCUCCACAGCAGCUGCGCAGGGCCAGACUCGAGCUCCUGGCAGACCCAUACCCACACAUAUCCCGCACCAGGUGGCAGCCCACCACCACCAUCACCACCACCCCAUACACCACCAUCAGUACCCUGACACACCUUCAUCAUCCUCGUCCCCACAGCAGCCUCCUACCACCCCUCUGUCGUCGUCCUCCUCUACAGCUCUGCCCCCUGGGGGCCUGGAGCAGCCGUGCUGCUCCGAUGGAGACAACGAUUCACUCAACUCCACGACCAACUCUAAUGAGACAGUCAACUGCAGCUCAGGCUCCUCAUCUCAGGACAGCCUGCGGGAGCCUCUGCCUCCUCUGGGCAAGCAGACAUACCAGAGGGAGAGCCGCCAUAGCUGGGACUCGCCCCCCUUCAACAGUGACGUGGUGCAGAGACGCCAGUACCGUAUUGGUCUUAAUCUAUUUAACAAGAAACCAGAGAAGGGGAUCCAGUACCUGAUAGAAAGAGGUUUUGUGUCUGACACUCCUGUUGGCAUUGCUCGCUUCAUUCUGGAGAGAAAGGGUCUCAGCAGGCAGAUGAUUGGAGAAUUUCUGGGAAACCGACAGAAACAAUUCAACAAAGAUGUUUUAGACUGUGUGGUGGAUGAGAUGGACUUCUCAGGCAUGGACAUCGAUGAUGCUCUGAGGAAGUUCCAGGCACAGAUUAAAGUUCAAGGAGAAGCCCAAAAAGUAGAGCGGCUUAUAGAGGCAUUCAGUCAGAGAUACUGUGUGUGUAAUCCGACCCUGGUUCGACAGUUCCAGAAUCCCGACACCAUCUUCAUCUUGGCCUUCGCCAUAAUCCUCCUCAACACAGAUAUGUACAGUCCCAAUGUCAAACCCGAGAGGAAAAUGAAACUAGAGGAUUUCAUCAAGAAUUUGAGAGGUGUAGACAAUGGCCAGGACAUACCUAGAGACCUGCUGGUUGGGAUCUACCAGAGAAUACAGAAAUGGGAGCUAAGGACCAAUGAUGACCACGUGUCCCAAGUACAGGCAGUGGAAAGAGUCAUUGUGGGCAAGAAGCCUGUGCUGUCCCUUCCCCAUCGUAGACUGGUGUGUUGCUGCCAGCUCUAUGAGGUGCCUGACCCUAACAGACCUCAGAGGACAGGAGUGCACCAGCGGGAGGUCUUUCUCUUUAAUGACCUGCUCGUGGUGACAAAAAUCUUCCAGAAGAAGAAAACCUCAGUGACUUAUAGUUUCAGACAAUCUUUCCCUUUGGUUGAGAUGCAAGUGCACAUGUUCCAGAACUCAUACUACCCUCAUGGCAUCCGUCUGACCUCAGCAGUCCUGGGUGGAGAGAGGAAGGUUCUUAUUGUGUUUAUGGCACCCAGUCAGCAAGACCGCACCCGCUUUGUUAGCGACCUCAGGGAGAGUAUUGCUGAAGUGCAAGAAAUGGAGAAAUACAGAGUUGAAUCGGAACUGGAGAAACAGAAAGGUGUGAUGCGGCCCAGCUUGCUAACUGGAGGUGUGGUUGGAGGAGGCGUAGGUGUGAAGAGCGAUGUUGUGAAUGGCACCUUGGGAAGAACGAGUUUUGAUGACAAUUGCUCAGUUGGUGAGGGUCUCAAACGCACAGCGCUCAGCUCUUCUCUCAGGGACCUAUCGGACACAGGGAAACGUGGUCGCAGGAACAGUGUUGGUUCUCUGGACAGUACAAUGGAAGGCUCCAUCAUUAGCAGCCCACAGCCUCACCAGCGCUAUCCACUGCCAGGUGUGCUUCCUGGUUGCUAUGGAACAGAAGACUUCCGGCCUCAUCGCCCCAUCCUGAGCCCCGGGACGGGGGUGGGGGGUGGGCCGGGGCAGCAACAUACCACUGCUGGGACAGGAGCUGGGGGAGUCUCCAGCAGUGCAGAGAGAGCAGGAGCGGGGAGCGGCCCUGGGGGGAGCAGCAACAACAACAGCGGUUCCUUCCUGGGUUCCCUAUUCGGCAGCAAACGCGCCAAACCACCAGGGCCCCUUAUUCCACCGGGACCACCCUACCCCGCACCUGUCCCCCCACCGACUACGGGAGGGCCCCCUCCUCACUCCCCUUCAUCUCUAUGCCAAUUGGAAGGGGGGGCUACCAAGCUCCAGGCACUUCACGCACAAUACUGUCACGCGGGCACCGUGCAGCCGCCACCACCUUACUACCAUCACCAUCGCUACCAUGUCCAAACUGUCCCUCCUCCUUUGCCAGGAGUGCCCCCUCAUACUAUACAGAGAGGCCCUCUACCCUGUCGUCCACCGCUUGGCCCACCGCACGCCCAGCACCCGCAGCUGGCCCAUCUCUCCCAGCUCUCCCAGCAUGGGCUUCCGGGUCGUUACGCCAACAUGGUGGUGGGAUGUCCCCCACCCCUUUCUCCUCUCUCCCAACAUUCCCAGAACCAACAGUUCGCCCUCUACCACGUGCAGCCCACACACUCUGUCAGAGGGGCCGGCGGCCCUGGUACCAAACCUCCACUAACCUUGUCAUUCUCCCACCCCCACGCACACUCCCAAACCCACCCAGGACACGCGCACACACCACACCCAGUCAGCCACAGCACCCACCAAACACACUUCAUAUUCGGCACUCUGCCCCACAAUCUACCAUCCGCUACCGUCAAUGCGCAUCACGCAGCCUCCGCCGGCCCGUAUCUGCCCCAGUACCCUCCUCUUUCUUCUAUCCCCCCUCCCCCACCACACUCCCCUUUACCCCCCCCUUCGUCCCCCCUUACCCCUCUUACACCUCUCUCCCCUCACCCCCCCCAGCACCCCGGGCAGCCUCAGCAGGGGCCGCAGGUGACAGGGGCUGGAGCGACCGGUACAGGGGGCAGCUCCAAAUCCAAGCCUAUCAACCGGAUAAGUACCGUAGUGUGAGCAGGAUGUGGGGCUCCAGAGUUCAAAGGUCAGAUGAUAGAUUGGAGGAGAUGGGCAGAGCUAGGCCUAGAACCAAAUCUGCCAGGACAGAAAGUAACAGCAGCAGCGCCACUGAGAAGAGGAAACGAAGUUUGCUCCGUCUCUGUUACUUUCACCUCCGUUUUCCACAUAUGUAGACGGAGACAGAAAGCACAAUUAGAGUUAAACGACACGGCCUGUGGACGCAUCCUUGAAACCUGAACCGGCACCACAGAAACACACACGCGUGCAACAUUACACAAAAACACACACCACACGUUUCCCCACACACAAUCAGAGAAGUCUAUAGCCAUAUAUUUAAGAUGAAACUAAAUCUAUAUCUAGAUAUAUUGCCUCAGUUUUAAUUGUUUGGAGUCUAGUUGAGUCUGUAUGAGACUAUUUACAUGUACAGUACAAAGAUGUGAUAAUGUGGCACUGGGAAACUGGAGACCAUAGGUAUCCACCUGCUUACGUGGGCAUGUAAAUAAGGACUGAACCACCAAAUGUAUUCCAGCGGAGUUUGGCAUUAAAAACUGCCCCUUGACUUUGCAAUAAUUUACUUGGCUUCAUGAUGUCUCUGUUCAUUCUUGCAGGUUACGCUUUGCUGACAGGCAUCUUUUUUUUUUUCUAAAAGAAGACCUCAGAUAUGUUGCUUUGUCUAAAACUUCUAAAACCAGUGCACAGUUUUCUGACAGUCUUUUGCUUAUUGGUCUUUCACACGUCAACAGAUGUCACCGGGCUUUCUAAUGCAACGUGGGGUAUGGGAAUCAAUGAGACAAAUAAUAAUAUAUUUUGAAUGUUUAUGAAGCUUCUUGCUGUUUUAUAGAUAUUAUAAUAUACCUGCCAUGAGUAUGAUGAAUAUUGUCCAAUAAUUGUUUUGAUCAGUGAGUAAUUAUAUCAGCAGAUGUUUGUACAUGGUUUUAGAGAGUAUAUUCACAUAGAGAUUCCCUCACUUUGCCAUAUCCAGUUGAGGGUAUUCAGAUAUGUGAAGUGUGAGUUCUUUUCAUAGUACCAUGGUUUUAUUCAGUUCAUCUUUUAAUGAUUAGUAUUAUUGACUGUUCAGGAUAAAGAAGGAGGUUUAGUUUUUGUUCAAAUCGAUUUGAACAUUUACACCAUUCCUCUUUUUUUCCUGUUCUGUUUGCAAACAGGGCCACAACCUCUUGAAUGGUGUGACUUGACAAAAACUUGAAUCUACAGAAUGAAUCUCAGUUAGUGUUUCCUUAUUUUUUUUUCUUUUCUUAUGACUCUCCCAGUAUUUUAAAAGGCUUAAUUAUGAUCGUAAAAAUUGGUGAAUUUUUCAUACAGGGUGCAUACGCAGUGCCCCAUAUCGCGCUCAUCAAAUUUAUUCAUUGUGUGUUUUUUUGUUUUGAAACAAGCACGCUUUUACAUGAAGUUUUGUGGUUUUUGCACACGUGAUGUCUUAAGUCAGAAAUGGCCUUCUUCUAAUCCUCCCUCUCCUGCUACUUUCAGAAAUCUCUGCUACCGUUUUCUGAUGCCUUGGCAUCUUGCUGAGGGCUUCUUGUUAGAAACCAUAACAAGAGUCAAGAAUGUAAAAUAGCCUACAGGUGCAUACUGUAUUUCCUGUUCUUUUUUUUUUUCCUUCUCUGUGGGCCUCGUGUUAGUGUCAUUCCUUUUGCUACUGCAGAUUUUGAAGUAAAAAUUGAGCACUGAUGUAGAUUACCUUCAGUGCCACUGAUUACAAAGGAAAAACUGCGUGUAUAAUCGGAUUCAGACGUGAAUAUUUGAGCAAGGGAAGUAUAAAAAUGCAGGUGACGUAAGCUACAGGAAGAAUAUGCCAAAUUUCUGGAUGAUCUGAAUCAUCAAAAGUAGGUUUUAAGAAGUUUUGGAGAGAGUCGGGAGUAUUAAAUGAAGAAUUUUAUAAGUAUGUGUUGGCUACUUUUUUCUUUAUGGUGUCCUUUUUGACUCUAUUUGCAUGAAUAUAUCUGCACUUAUUGAAUAGAUUGUACUGUAUAAACCUGAAUGUACAUAUUAUAAUAUACAUAGGCUUCUUAUCUUAACUAUGGGAUGAACUGCUCCCAUUCUGUAUUCAGGUGCGUGCAUGUGAGUGCCACUAAGUAUGUACAUAAAAAACAGGGAUAUGAGAUGUUGGCCAAAAGGAAUAUCAACUUCUUUUUCUUUUCUUAUCAUUUCAGACUAAGGGUGAGAGAAUGAGUUAACGUGAUUUAAAUUAAAGCCUAAAAAAAGUUUAUAUGUCAGUUCACUUAUGGAUAUUAUUUUAAGGAAACAAUUUUGUUUUUUUCUGUGUAUGUACUAUGUGUACUGAAAGAAUAGAGAAUUGAGAUGUGAAUAUUUAUUGCUUCUGAUACAUUAAAGUGUCCUUGCAGUGA